UCGGCAACCACUCCCGCAGCGGCGGUUCACGCCCAGGGCGAUCCCAAGGGUCCCGCUAAGCACACGACUCUUCUAGAUCAGCAUUCACUCACCCCUCGCCGCCAUUCACUCCUCGCUCCGAAACUCCGUAUACAUCUCGAUGUCGCAUACUAUUACUACGCAGCGGUGUUUGCUCAAACCAACGCUGUGUAUGCGCUGGCCCAAGGGUUGAAGAGACGCCGCCGCUCAACCGCUUCAUUACCUUCUACGAUACCGCAGCGACUGCCUACAUCGUGUCUUUCAUCACGGGCUGGGAGACUAGGACCGGUGCCUAGACUAAAGCGAUGAGUCGGCUUUACGAAGACGAGCGCGCGACUUUCGCAUACAACUCAUACAACGACCGGAGGUUUACUCAGGACAGCUCCACAACCUCGUUCGGAUCUGUACUGCUUGCGGUCCUUGCGGCGGCAUACGUCGUCGUCAAAGCUCUCGAAAUACUUGGAUACCCCGUCUGGCUUUGGAUACACAUGGCCAACGAGAAGCUGUACACGCUUCGCCUCCGCGGCGCCGGAUCAACAUCUGGCGAUACAUCCCCCGGCGAGGAGUCACAGAACGCAGAGAUGCAGCGCGGAGGAAAUGUGCUGAGCAGUGUCUUUGGGCUGAACAGCAGCAGUCUGCUGCAGAAGGGCGUGAGGGGAGUUACGGGCGCUCUAUCGAAGGGCUCCAGCAGCGUGCCCCCGGGUCUAGGCAACUGGGACAACUCAUGCUACCAGAACAGCGUCAUUCAAGGCCUUGCCUCCCUUCCUUCCCUUCGCGACUACCUCUCCAAGACGACUGGUGAAUAUCGCACCUUGGAUGCUGAAACUACGAACGGCGCGCUUUUCGACAUGAUCAGCAAGCUCAACGACACCGAGAAUCACGGUCAGCACUUUUGGAUACACGGGAAGCUCAAGUCGAUGAGUACGUUUCAACAGCAGGACGCGCAGGAGUACUACUCGAAGAUUCUGGAUGCGUUGGACAAGGAAGUGCAGAAUGCGUCAAACAGUAAGAGACGGACCACUGCGUCCUGGCUUUUGGCUGCGAAGAGCUUGAGUGACUUACCUGUGGCUACUACAGGUGAUGAAGAGAAGUCUACGAUUGAAGACGAGGACGCAGAGCCCCAGAAAUCGCCCGAACAACCAAAGAUCGUGCCCAACCCUCUCGAUGGACUGCUCGCCCAACGCGUCGGAUGCAUCAAGUGCGGCUACUCCGAAGGGCUCCAGCUCAUCCCGUUCAACUGCGUCACAGUCUCUCUUGGCACCAACUGGGCUUACGAUAUCCGCGACUGCCUCGACGAAUACACGAAUCUGGAAUACAUUGAAGGCGUCGAAUGCGCGAAGUGUACCCUUCUCAGGCUGAGGGACACACUCUCUCCCCUUGCAGCGCUAAAACCAGAAUGUAAAGCCCGGCUGGAACCUGUCCUGGAGGCGCUCGAAGACGAUGAUUUCGACGACAAGACCCUCGUCAAGAAGUUCAACAUACCGAAGAAGAACUGGGUGAAGAGCACAAAAUCACGUCAGGCGGUUGUAGCUCGAGCGCCGAAAGCGCUGGUCCUCCACGUCAACCGGAGUAUCUUUGAUGAAAUGACAGGCGCGCAGUACAAGAAUAACGCCGGCGUGGCUUACCCGCGGGUUCUUGAUCUGGGUCAUUGGUGUCUGGGUAGCCAGCCGAGCGAUUCUCACCUUCCUGAUUCCGCGGAGGAAGAAUGGCCGCGGGAUCCCACGAAAUCAAUGGUCGGCGGUGCUCAGGCCAAUCCUACAUCCACCCCGCCAUUCCAAUACCAGCUCCGAGCUGCUGUAACUCAUUACGGCAGCCAUGGCAAUGGACAUUAUGUCUGCUACCGGCCGUAUCCCUCGAAGCCUGAGUUCUCGCUGAACCCAGAUGGUGCGCUUAAUUCAGCGACCAACGAGCAGUGGUGGCGAUUCAGCGACGAUACGGUCUAUGCGGUGGCAGAACAGGAGGCCCACCAAGGGAACGUGUUCAUGCUAUUUUACGAGCGGAUUGACGAGCAUGCGUCAUCAAUGCAAGAGGAGGCCGAGACACUACAGACGAUUGUUCCAGUGGAGGAUCUGCCUUUGCCUCCGGAUUGCUACAUAGUCUCGACCGGCGAAGCUCUGGACGAUGCUGCUGCCGAUGUCCCGCUACCCACAGACGAUGAUGACGAAUCUCUUCCUGAUCUCGUAGCGUCUCCAGACGCGCAUGCUCCGCCAGUUGCCCUUACCGGGCCCUCCACACCAGAGGAGCGUCCCACCACGCCCGCUGCCAUGAAACCCAUCUCCGUCGAGUCCUUCGCAUACCCCACACCACCUCCCGACACACCCUCCACAACUCUUCAAGAAGACACCGAAAUGUCAGAAGCCGACUCUGAAGACGCGCCCUCCACACAGCUCACCUCCGAUGACGAGCCAGACGCCGCUCCAAACACCCCGCUUCCAAAAGUUGCACCAAGCCCGCAUUUCAUGCGGACAGCAGGCCAGUCGCCAGCAAGAGGGGAAGGGAACAGAGCAAGCUUACCUAUGGUCACGGCUACGUAGCGUGCAGUCAGACGUUUCCUUCGUUUUAUACAUAGGGUCUUUUAGCAUUGCAUGUGCAUUAGCGUUAUCACUGUGGUCGUUAUUAUUCAGGAGGAACCUGGAAAUGGGAUGUGCUGUGCGCAGGCGUUACAGGCAAGGAGUUAGAAACCUGUUGCCCGCAUGGGUCAGGCUGGCGUUGGGUUUGCUUGAUGCUGAAGGGCAUGACAUGAUAUUUGCUAAUUGCAUAAUGAAGCUAUUGAGUCGUUCAAAGGCUGCACC